CGCUGGGGAGGGGAAGAGAAGAAAGUGCUAGCAAUCCCAAAUUCAGAUCAAUUCGGCUUCUUCUUAUUACCGGAAGCAGCAGCGCUCGGACCGCAGCGCGGGUGUGAGCCGGGCGUCGGGACCAUGGGCGAGAAUGGCCCUCACAAGGAGGCCAUGUACUUCGAGGUGGAGGUGGACGACCUGACGCAGGAGGACGAAGACAAGAUGGUGGACUUUGACAAGGACGGGCUGAUGCCCUCGUCCUCGUCGUCCGGCGGGCGAGUGUACGACCGCACAACCGUUCUCAUCGAGCAGGACCCCAUCGGCCUGGAGGAGGAGGAAGAGGAGGAAGAGGAGGAGGAGGACGGCGGGCCCUGUGGCGCGGAUGACGACGGCGGGAUGAGGUUCCUGGGCGAGGGCUCGGAGGCGGGGCUGACCUUCAUGGUGGACCCUGACGGCAUGUCGCAGGGCUACGUGCACCACACCAUCUCGCCCGACCAAAUCCAGUUCAUCAUCAACCCCGGGUCCACCCCCAUGCCGCGCAACAUCGAGGGCGCUACCCUCACCCUGCACUCGGAGUGCCCCGAAACCAAGCAGAGAGAGGUGAAGCGGUACCAGUGCAUGUUCGAGGGCUGCACCCGCACCUACAGCACGGCGGGAAACCUGCGCACGCACCAGAAGACGCACCGCGGGGAGUACACCUUCGUGUGCAACCAGCAGGGCUGCGGCAAGGCCUUCCUCACCUCCUACAGCCUGAAGAUCCACGUGCGCGUGCACACCAAGGAGAAGCCCUUCGAAUGCGACGUGCAAGGCUGCGAGAAGGCCUUCAACACGCUGUACAGACUGAAAGCACACCAGAGACUGCACACAGGGAAGACGUUCAACUGUGAAUCGGAAGGAUGCACCAAGUACUUUACCACCCUCAGCGACCUGAGAAAACACAUCCGCACGCAUACGGGGGAGAAGCCCUUCCGGUGUGACCAUGACGGCUGUGGCAAGGCGUUCGCCGCCAGCCACCACCUGAAGACGCAUGUCCGAACGCACACAGGAGAGAAGCCCUUCUUCUGCCCCAGUGACGGAUGUGAGAGGACUUUCAGCUCUCAGUACAGCCUCAAGAGUCACAUCAAGGGUCACGAUAAGGGCCCUCCCUUCGGCGUCUCCCUGAACAGCUCCCUCUCUGAAGAUGCAAAUCACUCACUGUGCCUCAGUGAUUUGAGCCUCAUUUCCACAGAUUCAGAGCUCAGAGAAAACAUUAACAAUCAGCACCAGGGUACAAAGGUGGAAAAGGUCUUCUUCACCACAGCCAUACCUGUGGGAGGAAAUCCAGGAAACUCUGUGCAGCAGAUCGGACUCAGCCUGCCCGUCAUCAUCAUCAAACAGGAGGAGUCCUGCCAGUGCCACUGUGCCUGCAGGGACUCCAAAGAGAAAAACUCUGCUAAGAGCUCCGCCCCCGCCGAGACCCAGCCCGCAGACCCGCCCCUGGCUCCGCCUCCCCCUCCACCCCCCGCCUCCGUCCCUGCCCCUCCCGCCUGCCCCUCCCCCCGGCCUCCCUCCUCACCCCCCAGAAACAGCGAGUCCCUGGCCCAGAGCACCGCCCACCAGACUUUCCCCUCGGAGGCCCCGCCCACAGACCCCCCCGGCGAAGCCCUCGUCAACAUGGACAUGUCGGACUUCCUGUCCCUGCACAGCCCGGAGACGCCAGCCAACAUGAGCACCAUCGAGGCGCUGCUGCUGGUGCCCGACGACUUCCCCAUGAGCGGGAGCGGGGGGGCCGGCUCCGCCCCCAGCAGCGGCUUCUCUAAAUGAGCACCCGGGGUAGUGGGGGGGUGCAGAGCCUCGCUGUCCCCCUUUUCCCCGGUCCCUGCAGCAGAGGCUGAGCUGCGUGCCUGAGGGGUUCCCCUGCCACGGACUUUUACCCACAGUGCAUUCUUCUUCAUUACGCCGCGCGUGGGGGGGGUGUGCGCGUCAGAGCGCGCAGCGAUCGCACCCACGCAGCGAAGAUCUACCCUGCACAUCUACAACAACAGCCGUGUGCUUACACGCCAUUCGAUUUCUCAACUUCCACGUUAGAAUCAACACUAAACAUCCUCGCAGUAGCUCAACAAAGGCGUCAAGGAUAUGCUUUGACUUUUGGGUAAAUUUAAGUACAAAAAUGCCAACAUACAUUUUAUAUGCAUUUGCAGACCAUGUAGCUUAAUUAGCUGAGAAGUAAUAGAUUUGAAUGAACUUCAGAGUGAUUAUGGAGAUACUUCGAGCACUGAAUCCUCGAAAGGCACUAGAGUUGUUGUAAUGAGUUUGUGUGACUUGGAGCAGUGAUCCUUGCAUUGUGUAAAACAAAGCCUCGUGUUUCUGCUCUGUGGCUGAUCAGCUUACUGUAUUCUCUGGAGUGGAUGGUUUGGUCAGUCUGUGUUACACAGUGUGGAUAAGCAGAAUGCACCGCACUGUAAAGUAAAAGCUCAUUCAGCCUCUGAAAUACCACUUCAGCUGAGAGAUGCUGCAAAGUCACGAGGGGGGGAAAGUGCAAAUUUCCCAAACAGCAGAACAGAAACGUACUUGUGUAUAGUUUUACUAGGAAAGCUAGUGUAG